GAAGAAGACAUGUCCAAACCACACGCCAGUGAACAAAAAAUGAUACCUAAAAUAAUUUUGUUUGGGUAUAAAAAUUACGAGGUGGUCAACACAAAACGGUUUGCAGUAUGCAACACAUGCGGUUCGAAAAUUACUAAUGGAGAGGCAACAACUUCCAACUUUGUCCGGCAUUUGAAGUUGCACAAAGAACGCCAAAUGGAUUUGCUGCCUGACGUGUGGAAAGAGGACUACUGGCUUCCUCCAGGCGUGACCUGGCAGGAUAUGAACCAGCUGGCCGACUCCGAGCGACCUCUACCUGAAGACCUCGUCAUGGCGCUGCCCCUGGCUCUGGGCUUUGUGCUCCUGCGUUACGUCUUCGAGAGGUUCCUCGCCCCGCCCAUGGGCACAUGUCUCGGGGUCAGCAACAGAGCACAGGCGGCGGUGGAGCCCUGCCCAGAGCUGGAGUCGUUUUACGCCCAACAAAGCCGGCAACCCACACAGAGUGAUGUUGUCCAUUUAAUGUUCCUGUGCAGCCGAAGCCAGAGGCAAGUCGAGCGCUGGUUCCGACUUCGCAGGCACCAGGACAGGCCGUGUCGGACCAGGAAGUUUGCGGAGGCUGCUUGGAGAUUCUUUUUCUACAUCACAGCCUUCAUUGCCGGGCUGGUCUGCUUGGUUGAUACACCUUGGUUCUGGGACCUCAGGGAAUGUUGGCGACAAUAUCCAGUUCAGCCCAUGAAGCGAGAACAUUACUGGUACUACAUGCUGGAGCUGGGCUUUUACGGCUCCCUGCUGCUCCGCAUCUCUGCGGACAUCAAGAGGAAGGACUUUAAAGAACAAGUGCUCCACCACCUGGCCACCAUCUUCCUGCUGAGUUUCUCCUAUUGUGCCAACUACAUCCGCAUCGGCACCUUGGUCAUGCUUCUUCACGACUCCUCUGAUAUCAUCCUCGAGUCUGCCAAAAUGUUUAACUACGGCUCAGGGUGGAGGAAGGUCUGCGACACUUUGUUUGUGAUCUUUACCGCCGUCUUCUUUUUGACCCGGCUGGUGAUUUUCCCCAGCAAGAUCAUCCACACCACCCUGGUGCUGUCCAUGGAGAGCUUCCAACCCUUUGCUGGCUAUUACUGCUUCAACGCGCUCUUAAUGGUGCUGCAAGGUCUCCAUGUCUUCUGGGCCGCUUUAAUCUUACGCAUGGUGCCUAAAUUCCUGAAAGGAAAGCUGGACAAAGACGAACGCAGCGAUGAAGACAGCGACAUCGAGGAGGAUAAGGAAGACGACUAUUGCCAGAAGACGAGUGCAGACGGUCAGAAGUACAAACGACCUCCGCUCAGUAACAGUUGUGUCCUCAACAGUCUGACCAACCACAGAGUCUCGGUUGUCCACAGACUGCGUAACGCUCAGUAGACUUCAUUCUUUUUUUUUUAAAACACAGCUGUAAAACAACAACAGUGUGAGUAGCAAAGCACAUGAAAAUACUUCGUUUUUUAUUUAUUUACUCUAGUUUGAAUGCCAGAACUAAUACUUGAAUGACUUAGAAGUUGAAUAGUGGAAAUAGUCAUUUUUGGUCUAUUUGUGACAUUCAGGUCUUUUUAAACCAUAAACUACUGUUGCGUCAACCAGCUCUUCCUCCCAGGGAAUCUAAGUUACUGGUCAAUCCCAAGUUCUUUCGAUGACAUAUAUGCUGAGUAAGAAGGACCAUCAAGACAAAAUAGGAAUAUUAUCAAGUUUGACUGAAAUUUCAGGAGAUCAGCUUAACCAAUACAUUCAUAUUUUCGAACGGAAGAGCCAACUUCUUGCACACAAAGAAAGCCCCCACCUCUCCCUCUCGCAACACUGAUAAGGAAAGAAGUGGGGGAUGUAUUCACAUUCCAAUGGUUAAGACAGUGUUUUUCAACCUUUUUUGAGCCAAGGCACAUUAUUUGCGUUGAAAAAAUGCGAAGGCACACCACCAGCAGACAUCAUUAAAAAAACGAAACUCCAUCCAUCCAUCCAUCCAUCCAUCCAUCCGAGCUUUGGGUUAUGACCGAAAGGACAAGAUCACGGGUACAAGCGGCCGAAAUGAGUUUCCUCCGCCGGGUGGCGGGGCUCUCCCUUAGAGAUAGGGUGAGAAGCUCUGCCAUCCGGGGGGAGCUCAAAGUAAAGCCGCUGCUCCUCCACAUCGAGAGCAGCCAGAUGAGGUGGUUCGGGCAUCUGGUCAGGAUGCCACCCGAGCGCCUCCCUAGGGAGGUGUUUAGGGCACGUCCGACCGGUAGGAGGCCGCGGGGAAGACCCAGGACACGUUGGGAAGACUAUGUCUCCCGGCUGGCCUGGGAACGCCUCGGGGUCCCAAAGGAAGAGCUGGACGAAGUGGCUGGGGAGAGGGAAGUCUGGGCUUCCCUGCUUAGGCUGCUGCCCCCGCGACCCGACCUCGGAUAAGCGGAAGAAGAUGGAUGGAUGGAUCAUUAAAAAAACGAAACUCAGUUGACAGUAAAAAGUCGUUGUCACAAUUGUUGGGUAUGACUUUAAAGCAUAACCAAGCAUGCAUCAAUAUAUGCAUUUUGUCUCAAAGUAGGUGUACUGUCACCACCUGUCACAUCACACCCUGACUUAUUUGGAGUUUUUUGCUGUUUUCCUGUGUGUAGUGUUUUAGUUCUUGUUUUGCGCUCCUAUUUUAAUGGCUUUUUCUCUUUUUUGGUAUUUUCCUAUAGCAGUUUCAUGUCUUCCUUUGAGCGAAGUUUCCCGCAUCUACUUUGUUUUAGCAAUCAAGAAGAUUUUAGUUGUUUUUAUCCUUCUUUGUGGGGACAUUGUUGAUUGUCAUGUCAUGUUCGGAUGUACUUUGUGGACGCCGUCUUUGCUCCACAGUAAGUCUUUGCUGUCGUCCAGCAUUAUGUUUUUGUUUACUUUGUAGCCAGUUCAGUUUUAGUUUCGUUCUGCAUAGCCUUCCCUAAGCUUCAAUGCCUUUUCUUAGGGGCACUCAACUUUUGUUUAUUUUUGGUUUAAGCAUUAGACACCUUUUUACCUGCAUGCUGCCUCCCGCUGUUUCCGACAUCUACAAAGCAAUUAGCUACCUGCUACCACCUACUGAACACGGUUACUCUGCCGAGCUCUAGACAGCAACCGACACUCAACAACAACACAUCAUUUGCAGACUAUAAUUACUGGUUUGCAAAAAAUAUUUUUAACCCAAAUAGGUGAAAUUAGAUCAUCUCCCACGGCACACCAGACUGUAUCUCACGGCACACUAGUGUGCCGCGGCACAGUGGUUGAAAAACACUGGGUUAAGACACUAAACAGACCUCUGAAGACAAAGAGAAACUGGUAGAAUAUACAAAGGAAAAGUACUAUCUGAUCUAAACAUGGCUAUGAAUAAAGAAAUAACUCUUAAACAUAUAUGCAUUCUCCACACUACACACAAUAAAUCUGCUCAGUACAAUGAGACCUCAAAUAAAAGACGUUUGAAUAAAUUCUGAAGAGCAAUAUUCUAUUUUGACAUAAUACUGAUAUAUUUUAGGACAGUGGUUCUGAAACUGUUUUCACCAAAUACCAUCUCAGAAAAUAACCUGGCUCUCCAAGUACUACCAUGGUGUCCAACGUUAAAUACAGUAGCAUAGUAGGCCUAAAUGUUCAUUAAAAAAGGCAGAGGUUUUAUAUAAUAUGUAUAAUAAGAUAAAGUAUCGGCGGGAGAUUUGGGGAAUUGUUUUAUGCUGGGGGCCAACAGGGGAUUUAUGACCCCAGGAAGUGGCCACGGCCUAAACCGGAGACAGGAAGUACACGUCAUAUCCGGCUGCCAUUUUAAUUUUGUAGUUUUUUUUUAAACUGUCCGCCAUCUUGGUUGUAGUCUAUAAGUCUUAAUGAUUUAUGACUCCUACAGGCUGAAAAGGGUAUUGCAACUUGUAGUUUUUUUAAGCUAUCCGCCAUCUUGGUUGUAUAGUCUAUAAGUCACUUAUGACUUCAUCGUCUUUAGUAUUUUUUGGCCCUCUGUAACAUUACAUACAGUUUGAACAGUAACACUGUGUUUGCAUAUUUAAUGAAGUGAUUUAUUUGGAGUGCCACAGUUUGAGAAUUAUUAUUAUUAUUAUUAGGGCCCGCAUGGCCCAUUGCAUAAGGACUCCCUUUGGGAGUCCUUAUGCAAUGGGACAUAAGGACCUAUUGAAUUUGUAAGGUUUUAUUAUUAUUAUUCUUCCGCAACUUUGCGCUGUAAUUUGACCCCCUUAGCAUGCUUCAAAACUCACCAAAUUUUACACACACAUCAGUAAUAUACGGCAAAAAUUUUUUUAUCAAAAAACCAAACCCCAAAAAUUAAAAUUGCGCUCUAGCGCCCCCUAGAAAGAAAACUGCUUAUAACUCCCAGUACGAAUGUUGUAGAGACAUGAAACAAAAACCUCUAUGUAGGUCUUACUUAGACCUACUUUUCAUUAAUUAAUUUCCUCGGGCCAAAAUCAACAGGAAGUUGGCAAUUCCCCCUUCAAGACAAAAAAGUACUAAAAACAGUCACUUUUGCCUCUUUGAGCUGUAAUUUGACCCUCUUAACAUGCUUCAA